AUGUCUAACAUCCAGGAAGGCCUGGGCUUUGAGCACUCAAAAGUGGUGUCCACCACUAACAACCAGUAUGGAGACGUCCUGCGUCUGGAGCGCCGGCUGGAUGGGGGCCUGGCCCCCUCGCUGCUGCUACUCCUGCUGGUGCUGCUUUGGCCGCAGGGCUGCCUCCCAGGUGCCCCUGCUGAGAACGUGUACACCAAAGUGCGGCACUUGGAAGGGGAGACUCUGUCUGUGCAGUGCUCUUACAAGGGCCGCAAAAAUCCCGUGGAUGGCAAGGUUUGGUGCAAAAUCAGGAGGAAGAGGUGUGACGUGGGUUUCACCCGGAUCUGGGUGCAGGGUCCCCGCUACGUGCUACAGGAUGAUGUUAAAGCCAAAGUGGUCAACAUCACCAUGAGGGCCCUUACGCGCCAGGACUCCGGCCGAUACUGGUGCAUGCGCAACAGCUCUGGGAUCCUCUACCCCUUGAUGGGGUUCCAGCUGGAAGUGUCUCCAGCUUCCACAACUAAGAGGAGCAAUCCUCUUACACAUCUGGCCAACAUCCUCAGGAGUGGAAUUGCUGUGACGGCAGGCCAAGCCCCCACCUUCUGCCCUGAAGCCCCUUUCACCACUGGCACAACGGUAUUCACACCUGGACUCCUCACCUUGGCCAGACUCUUGCCCUCCACUGCCUUGGGGGCCACCAGACCAACCUCCGUGACACGUUACAGCUUCACUGGUACUGGCGCCACCACCACCGCUGGUUCCAGGAGAACCAUUAGAUCCCACUCAGUGACUGCGUCUCCCAGCCAUGCCAGAGCCUCCUCUCCUGGCCUAGACUUCAACCCCACCAGGUCCAGGCACCUCAGCAGCAGCUCACCUGCCACGAGAAUGUGCCUCACUAGCAGGUCUCCCCUCAACAAUUUACCCUCCACCAGGCAGCUGCACCCCUACGUCACUGUGCUCGUGGUGGUGCUGACCAUCCUCCCGGUGCCCGUGCUCUUGAUCCUGGUCUAUGGCUUUUGGAAGAAGAGGCACAGGGGAAGCUACAACGUGUGCGGUGACCCUGCUAGAUCCUGGAGGAAACUGCCUGGAAGACCGGAGCCCCCAUGGAAGCCUGCUUGGUCUGAGGCCACUUAACUCUGGGUGGGGAGCUUCUCUCAGACUGGCCCCGGGGGGCUGGAAGAGGAGCGGUGCUCGGAGGCCAGUCUGGAAUGGAUGAGACUAGAGGACGUGCGAGGUGCUGGACGAUUCGGGCCUUCCUGGAAGCAGAGGCUGCAAUCCACUCGCAUCAGGGCCAGCAGCCUGGCAGCUCUGUGUUCUCCUGAGCAACCGGAAACCUGGGAGGUGCCCAGAGCAGAGGCACCAGGCAGGAAGUCCCUCAGGAGAGCAUCCAAGAGGGUGCUCAGAGCCGCAGACCCCAGGCCCCGACUGGGUGGCAGAGAGGGCCUGAGAGUGCUGAUGACACACACAAGUUCAGCUCCUGCCUCCUGGAAUGCCUUCCUAGUGAGCUGAGUGGUAGGGAGAAGCUGGAGCUACCAUUCCCCUCCUGGGACCACCAUUCCCCUCCUGGGACCACUGUGCCCUCAGCUUCCCUCUGCUGCCCCCGAGCUUCCCCAUGUGUUUGGGGAAGAGAGUCAGGGCUUGUGGGCCCAGAAGCAGUGAUGCCCCAAGGCUGCCCCCUGGAAGGGAAGAAGGAACAGUGACAUCUAAGCUAGGGGCCCAUAGGUCAGCAGCAGGGGGUUGCAGAGCUAUCCAAGGGUCCCCCUGUCUGGCCUCAGGGGACCCUUAGAUGUGCCCUGCCCUGUCUGCAGCUGCUUGUCCCUCCUGUCCCGGGAGCCUGCAGAGCCCAUACUCCUACCACUGCCGUCUGUCAUCUGGCCCUUUCUGGGGAAGCUGAGAGCCCCUAGGCCUCAGGGUUAGUGUCUCUCCAGACUGGGGUGCAGAGGUUGAGUCGGGGGCUCUCUUCCUCCAGUUACUGCACCUAGGAUCCAGGCCUGAGCUCCUGGAGGGUACCAAGGGCCCAGCGGCCUCCAGCAGUCUACACCCUGUGGUUCCUGAGCCCCUGCUCUGUACGGAGGGUACUCACCACACAGACACCCGUGGGGAGGCCACAGCCCAGAGAAAGGGUGGAUCACACUCCCUGGGCUCACUGCCCUCUGGGGAGAAAAACCCACUGUGACAUAGCAAAGAUAAUUCAGAGUCCACCACAGCCUGGAGGACUGGCCCAGUGUGGUCAGGAAAAAUGGAGCCCAAGUAGCCUCUGGCUAGAAGCCCCGUGGCCCCAGGGAUCUGCUCCUAUCUCACCAUCUCAUGGUUCAGACUUGGCCUCUUGCCAAGACCACUAGCCCCAUGGCCAGCAAUGAAGACUGGGGGAUGUAGAUUGAGCUCCUCCCCCAGAGAUGGUGUCCACCAGCCCAGAGUGACUAGAACAGCCUCUGGGGAUAAGUAUGAUGCGCGAUGCCUCUGCUUUCAGCCCUAGGCCAGAGACCUUACGGUGGGAGAGCAACCUGUAUAGUCAGGAGGGUGAUGCAGCCUGGGUCUCAGCAGGCACCCAGCAGGAACUCUCCAGGAUGGAGAUCGGGACAGAAGGGGCAGGGGUAAUCCUGGGGGACAGCAGGGAGGAGACACCUCUUCCCUAUGUUCAGGAGAGGGCAGUAGAGGAAAGAUUCAGGUUGAGAAACAGACAUGGUCCCAGGACGCACACACGUGCACACUCGCUCACAUUGACAUCCACCUCUGGCCAGCAGCAAUCUGCUGAGAGCCAUUCUCCCCAUCAGAGGGUGGUCACCCCGUGGUGGGUAACUAGAGGCUUCACUCACCUGGGGGCAAAGUGCUCCCAUCUCUUUGUGACUGUACCAGUGCCACUGGCAGCCCUGGCUUGCCCAAAAGCCAGAUGCCCAUGGGAGGAGCACUGGAGGAGUCAGGGACAGGGACUGGUGGUGCCACUUUGUCACUGUGUGACCCUAAGCAAGUCACUAACCCUAUCUGGGCCUUGGUUUUCCUCUCUUGUGAAAGGCAACAAUAAUUCCUACCUCUUAAGAUUGUUUUCUGGAUAAAACAAAACGUGAACAUUGUA